AUUUUCAAAUUAUUAGCAAUUUGUAGCACUAGCACCUAAUAUCUAGACAGGGAGAUCGCGAUCGCCUGGGUCUUAUGAUGGAUGCUAUGACUGAUCUCACUCGCCAACUUGCCUCGCAGCAAGCCCUCUGAGACUUCGGCCACUUAGUGGUCUUUUUUCCUAUUUCUUUCAUGCUUUUUUAGACGUGUUUGUGUUGAUGCCCCAACAGACUAGUUUAUUUUACGACACUUGAACUUAUUGUAUGGACGCGUUGUUGACUUUAUAAAGCGGGUCGAAAGCCGAGCUCCAUGGAGGCCUUAUUUGAAAACUCCAAAAUUCAAACUUUCUAGUUACAAAAAAAUCUGAAAAAAUACACAUAUACCUAGAGACAUAAUGUACAUGUGUAAAAUUUCAGAUCGAAAUAGAUUAAAAUGAGAUCUACAAAACAAAAAAGACAAAUCGGUGGCUCUUUUAACAUAUGUGUACUCUUUAUCCUCAAAGUCCAUGUUUUUUUUACUUUUUUGCAGCUUGCAAUUCAAUGUAUAUAAUCAUGAAAUUUUGCACACGUACACAUUACAUCCCUGUAUACAUGUGUAUUUUUCAGAUGUUUUUAAAACUGGAAUGUUUGAAAUUUAAAAUUUUCGAAAUUAAGGCCUUCAUGGAGCUCGGUCUUCAAAAUGGCCUACUCGGCGAAAGCCUCUUACGGGAAACGGAAUGUGUAACAAAUGUUCAACAGGCGAACAAAUUUAUUUCAUUUGAACCUUCAAAAAAAAUAUUUCAUUUGUCCUCACAUUUUUGUGUGUACGAAAGGAAGGUCUGUUGUGCAAGUAUAUAUCAGGGAGAAGGAAGUCGUACGUAGUAGUACAUGCAAAACGGCUAACCUGUUAAUUCUCGGUAGCAGUGAAUGCCUUUAAUUAUUCGGAGACGAGCGCUUCAUGUUAAUUCUCCGAAUUCCAAAACUGACGCAUACGCUUGUGCAAGUUAACCCCUCGUGUUGUCCUAUAUAAGCACGUCAAUUCCUCUAAAACUUCACCAAAUCAACUGAGCUCAGAGUCACAUAUGCAACAGAUGAGCAUGUCUACUUUCGUCUGCGCCGCCAUCUUGUUGCUUGCACUAGUCUCACAGUCACUGGCAUCAGCCAGCAUUAACGACAACAAUGGCGUCGCCGUCGCGGCCCCUAGAGUGCCCGUGGCGUUCCAGUUCCUGCAGGGGCACAACGACGCGCGCCGCGAGGUCGGCGUGGCACCCCUGGAGUGGAACUGGACGCUGGGGCAGGACGCCAAGCGGUACGCGGCCCAGCUCGCCGCCCGCUGCAAGCUGGAGCCGCCAAACGGGAAACAAGACGGCGAAGCCGCCACCGGCUCGUGGGUGUACGAGCGGCGGUGGUACGAUCACGGCGCCAACGCGUGCGCGCCCGGCAAGGAAUGCGGGUCCUACAAGUUGGUGGUGCGGAACACCACGCGAGAGCUCGGCUGCGCCUGCCGCACCUGCCGCGGCAGUAACGACACCGUGGCUGUUUGCAGCUACUCCCCUGGCGGCAACUACGACGACCCGCCAUACUGAGUACGUCUAUACGGGAGCUACAUCAGGAAAGAUGUGGCCAACUAAUAUAUGAUGCGAAAUAAGGCGUUUGGUCCGGCGAUUUUUGGUUAAGUAAUGGGAAACUCGGACUACACUACUGAAGCUGUCUGUUACUUUGGUUUUGUUCAGUUCGCCCGUACCGUAAACCACUUUAUCCCGCUAUAUAUACUGCAAUGUUAUUGGUAGCUGAAUCUGAUAGUGCUAUCGCGUAAACCAAGUAGCAGAGGAGUGACUAGUUUUCGACUUCCCUCGCACACGAUU